GUGAAACUUCCAGAAGGUAGUUGUCUCUGUACUACUCCUGUUAACGGAGGACUGUCAACUUUUCAUUCCUUCCAGCACCUGGUCUCCUUCCAGAGCAGCUAGCGUACUCCGUUUCUUCCUCUAGGAAACUAUUAUCUAUGAAAAUCAAACAACACUUUAUUUAAUACAGAAACAAAAUGUGGCAGUUCCUCUUGGUGUUGUAUCUGGCCCAAGGAUUUGCGUCUUCAGAAUGCAAUAAUACAGAUGUGAAUCCUGAAGUAUACAUGAAUAUUAGUGAGAUUAUCUGCCAUAAAGGAUACCCAGCUGAAGAAUAUGAAGUGAUAACAGAUGAUGGUUACAUCCUCACUUUAAACAGAAUUCCUGGUGACAGAACAAGACAACAGUGGUCAUCUGAAAAGCCAGUUGUGCUUUUGCAGCAUGGUUUUGCUUUAGAGGGCAGCAGCUGGGUUGCAAAUAUGCCAAACAAUAGCCUUGGAUUCAUGCUGGCCGAUGCUGGCUGUGACGUUUGGAUAGGGAACAACAGAGGCACCUCCUGGUCACGAAAACAUCAAAACUUGACUAUUGACCAAGAACAAUAUUCUGCUUACAGUUUUGAUGAAAUGGCCAAAUAUGACCUCCCAGCGAUAAUCAACUUUAUCCUGGAGAAAACUGGAAAGUCCCAAAUACAUUUUGUUGGAUUUUCUCAGGGUGCCACUGAAGGAUUCAUUGCAUUUUCAUCUAUGCCUGACCUGGGUUGCAAGAUUAAAAUGUUUUAUGCUUUGGCUCCAUUAAACACCCUUCAGAAUGCUCCAGGCCAAUAUGCCAUGCUCCUUUCCCUGCCUGAUGCAGUAAUCAAGAUGCUUUUGGGCAAGAAGGAUUUCUUGCUCAGAAGUGAGACUAAGAGAAACAUCACCAGAUCUAUGUGCAGCUCUAAAUUCUGGAAGAAGUUGUGUUCUUGGAACCUUUCAGUUACUGGAGGUGCCAAAGAGGACCAUCUGAACAUGAGCCGACUUGAUGUAUACAAAUCACAUUUUCCAGAUUCAACAUCUGUUCAAAAUCUACUCCACUGGGGACAGGUAUACAAAACUGGAACACUGAGAAAAUUUGAUUAUGGAAGUGAAAACCAGGAUAGAUACAAUCAGUCUGAACCUCCUACAUAUGACCUAGAAUGUAUGAGAGUAAAAACAGCCAUAUGGUAUGGUGAAAAUGACUGGUUUUCUGAUCCUGAUAACAUCAAACAAUUAAUGUAUCGACUCCAUGAUGUAGUAUAUGAAUGUAAAAUACCUAACUGGACUCAUUUUGAUUUUCUUUGGGGUCUUGAUGCACCUCAGAAAGUUUACAAUGACCUAAUUAUGCUAAUCAGGAAUGAACCAUAGCACUAUAACUUUUUCUUUGUUCAUAUAAAGGAACACAGAUAAUAAAGGAGAUUUAUAACAUCCUCUAACAUUUUCCACUAAAGGUUAAAUGUUGGGCAGAGGAUGUUUAUCUUAUGCCAUACUGGCCAAAUAUUCGUCAUUGUACUAGGCAGGAUAAGUGAAGUAUAGUGUUGUUAUAGGGAGGGGGAUUUCUUUUAUCUAAAACUUACUUUUUAGAUAUAGCCAUUGAUCCGUCUUAUUCUCUUCUGAUUUUUCUUUUGUUUCUCUUUGAAGAGAAAUCAGUGUACUGUUUUUGUAACUUCAGCUCUGGUAGUUGUUUUAUGCUAUAUACCACAGGAUGGUGCUCUAGCAGAAUGGUGGGAAGAUUUGGGAAGACAUUGCCUGCCUCUAAGCCUCUACAGAGGAAAAUCCUGAAAUUUUGCAGCCCUUCCCUUCCCGCCCCUCCUCUCUUCAAAUUUAUCUUUGAUCAAAAUGGAACUGGUUUGAAAUUGACUCCAAAUUCCUAAAAAGAGGAAAAGAAAAGGAUUGUUGGCAUUCAUGAAAAAAUUGUGUAAACACGAAUUGAUAAUUUUUCUUAACAGCCCUAGUGAAUGGUUUGUAUGUUGCAAGAGCAUCUUGAGGAAGCAGUACAUCAUGUUCUCUCUGUGCAUGGAGACACACUGUACCAUCCAUGAGAUCCCUGUUAAUCACAGCUAGUGUCUGGAAUAUCAGGUAGAUUUUGCCCAAUACCCCCCCCCCCAUGCGCUCUGCCUGCUUCAGUCUGCACAAUACCACCAGUUCAUCUUCAUAACCACCUCCUGGGUUCUGUUUGUUGGUCAUGGUGGAGUGCAACAGAAUAUGGACAGUAUGUGGCUGAUUGCUAAAAACUGCUUUUCAUAACACUGCUGUAUAUUGGGUUUUGUGAAAUAGUUUUUGUCUGCAUAUUUAAUGUGUAGAAGCCGCUUUGCACACAAAAAAUGGUUCCGUGCUUGUGGAUGUCUGCUAUACCAUAAUGCUUUCAAACUACAGUAUAAUGGAAAUCAACUUGUUUUUGUUUUAAACUUGUAAUUCUGUUUUUUAUGUAAGUGAAUUAAAGAAGUAAUUGGCAAAUCUCA